AUGAUUGUCCCCAUCUGGAUCGUACUCUCGUCCGGGGUCAUCAUCUACAACAACUACGUCUACAACACGCUCAACUUCCGGUACCCAGUCUUCCUCGUCACUUGGCAUCUCUUCUUCGCUGCGAUCAGCACACGCGUACUGGCGCGCACGACGAACCUCAUGUCCUCCCUCAAAGACGUCCAUAUUUCCCAACAGACGUUCUUCCGCUCCAUUCUCCCCAUUGGUGUCCUCUUCAGUGGGAGUCUCAUCCUCAGCAACACGGCAUACCUGUACCUGAGCGUAUCGUACAUUCAGAUGCUCAAGGCAUUCAACCCGGUUGCCAUCCUCCUCAUCUCAUGGGCAUUUCGCAUAUCCGACCCCAACAAGCGCCUCGCCUUGAUUGUGCUCAUGAUCUCCGCUGGCGUUGCGCUGGCCAGUGGUGGCGAGAGGAGAUUCAACCUAUUUGGUUUCAUCGUGCAAGCCUUGGCCGUUGUCUUCGAGUCGUCGCGCCUCGUCAUGAUCCAAAUUUUGCUACAAGGCCUAAAGAUGGAUCCCCUUGUUUCAUUGCACUACUACGCACCUGUGUGCGCGGCGCUCAAUCUCCUUGCAUUACCCUUUACCGAAGGAAUGGCACCGUUCCUUGCCCUUCAGGAGGUCGGGCUGCCGAUCCUCCUGAGCAACGCUGCCAUUGCGUUCGCCUUGAACGUCGCCGCCGUAUUCCUGGUCGGCGUUGGUAGUGGCCUUAUCCUGACGCUUGCGGGCGUGUUCAAGGAUAUCCUCCUCGUCAGCGGAUCCGUCCUCAUCUUCGGGUCCAUCAUAACGCCGAUGCAAGUUUUCGGCUAUUCCAUCGCCCUUGGCGGCCUGGUCCUGUUCAAGACGAGCGGCGGGAAGUAG